AUGUCUGAAGAAUCGUCUGCUGACCGUAACGUAGAAAUAUGGAAGAUCAAAAAGCUGAUCAAGAGCUUGGAAAUGGCUAGAGGAAAUGGUACAUCAAUGAUAUCUCUUAUAAUACCACCAAAGGAUCAGAUCUCCCGGGUAUCAAAGAUGUUGGCUGAUGAAUUUGGUACAGCGUCUAACAUCAAAUCCCGUGUCAAUCGGCUCUCUGUACUCGGAGCUAUCACCUCUGUACAGCAUCGUCUGAAGCUAUAUACUAAAGUACCACCAAACGGCCUGGUUAUAUACUGUGGUACAAUCGUGACAGAAGAAGGCAAAGAAAAGAAGGUGAACAUUGAUUUUGAACCUUUUAAACCAAUUAAUACGUCUCUAUAUUUGUGUGACAAUAAGUUCCAUACUGAAGCUUUAACAGCACUACUCGCUGAUGAUAAUAAAUUUGGUUUUAUUGUGAUGGAUGGUAACGGAGCCUUGUUUGGAACACUUCAAGGAAAUACAAGAGAGGUGCUACACAAAUUCACAGUAGAUUUACCGAAGAAGCACGGUCGUGGUGGUCAGUCAGCGUUGCGAUUCGCGCGUCUUCGUAUGGAAAAGAGACACAAUUAUGUCCGGAAAGUGGCUGAAGUGGCCACACAGUUAUUUAUCAGUCAAGAUAAGCCGAAUGUGGCCGGUUUGAUCCUUGCCGGUUCUGCUGACUUCAAGACUGAGCUGUCGCAGUCUGAUAUGUUUGACCCGCGUCUACAAUCGAAAAUAAUCAAGCUAGUCGACGUAUCGUACGGUGGCGAGAACGGAUUCAACCAAGCGAUCGAAUUGGCCGCCGAGUCACUGCAAAACGUUAAAUUUAUACAAGAAAAGAAAUUAAUUGGACGGUACUUCGAUGAGAUUUCUCAAGAUACUGGAAAGUACUGUUUCGGAGUUGAUGAUACGCUUCGCGCUUUGGAACUGGGUGCGGUCGAGACGCUCAUUUGUUGGGAGAAUCUUGAUAUUCAAAGAUAUGUGCUAAAAUCCCACGCGACCAAUCAAGAAACAAUUCUUCAUUUAACACCGGAACAGGAGAAGGACAAGUCGCACUUCACUGAUAAAGAGAGCGGAGUCGAACUGGAACUGGUGGAAUGUCAGCCCUUGCUCGAGUGGUUGGCGAACAACUACAAGUCUUUUGGAGCAACGCUUGAGAUUAUCACCGACAAGAGUCAAGAAGGGAGUCAGUUUGUACGCGGUUUUGGUGGAAUUGGCGGUAUUUUGCGUUACAAGGUUGACUUUCAGUCGCUGCAACUCGACGAACCAUUGGAUGACGUGGACCUAGACGAUUAUUAG